UUUAAAUACCACCGGAAGUGCAGUCGAAAAAAUGCAAAACAAAAGAAAUUUUUGCAAGAUACGAAUAAAUGUCUAUGAAAGUCAACACUGUUUGAGAUCUAAAUGAUUUGUUAUACAUGAUGUUUAAAUAGCCAGAUUAUAGCCUACAGGUACAGACAGACAGCCAUGCAAUUUGGUAAUGUCAGCCUUGGGGUGUCUGCGGGGUACUAUAUCAUACUUGGACUGUGGUGGCACAUACAGAUUACUAAGAAAUACUGGAAUUGCAAACACAAGAAAUCAGACUUCUCAUCCUCUGUCUCAUUCCAGUGUUGCUCAAGAUGUAGGAAUAUACCUGUGGAAGGAAUAUGUAAGAUUCUCUCAAGUAUCUGUAUAUGUGUGGUCAGUAUAUAUCAAAUCAGAAGUGCUAGCAACACCUCAGAGAGGAAUGAGGGUAUCGGACAGCUCACCGUGUUUAGUUUGUUUUCCUUAGCAACGUUUUGUGAUAUUAUAUCAGACUGUUGCCAGCGUGUGAUUUUUCCUGGUCUGGACUACCUGAUAUUAGUGAUCUGUUUCAACGUACAGUCAGUAGUGCUGUCGUGUCAUUCUGUGUCAGUUUAUUCGUGGAUGUCGGUCGCAGAUACUUGUGCAAUGUACGCAGCUACAUUCGUUGCUGUGGCUUUACUACUCGAGUUUAAAUACCCGCAUUAUAUCUGGUUCCCGUUGAUGCGUUCAUUUUGUACUCUGGUGCUGGGAACCUGGUUUGCUCACAUGUGCAUUGUCCUGUUUCAAGAAAGCUUACAGUUGAAGAAUUCAUUAGAUGUUCCUAAUGUAACUGGAAACACAAGUUCCAUUGGAGCUCAGAGUGCAAUUUUGACUGAAUCUGAAACAAAGAUCGAGAAUUUAUCUUUUGUGCCAAUGUAUUUUUCUUGGCAUAUUCUGUUUAAUGUGAAUCUUUUGACAAUUAUUUGGGUAGCAGUGUGGAAAUUGGCCAAUAGAAACUGCUGUGUGUGCAUGCCAGAUGAAGAACGUGUCAAUCAGUUUGAAAAUCGUGUUCAUUUUGAUUACCAUAUGAUCACACGCAUGACCGAUUCCGAUUAUGAGGAUUAGUUUCCUGGAUGUUUGACCUUAAGCCCGCUGGUGGAAACUGAAUACACAUGUGACUAGUGCAGAUUGAAAUUAGCAUGCACAUCUGUGCAGUUUAGAUCAUGAUCUGUACUGUUUGCUAUUAAGCCUGUAAAUAUUUUUGAAAUUUUCCCCUUAAUAUGAUGAAUGGUUUAGUCCAGAUUGAAAGAUGGACAAGUCCAUUUAAGGUAUAUAGUGUUGUUAGGGUUAAAACACGUACAUCAAUGAUCUUUAAGAUGCAGGCAUCCUGAUAUUAUCAUAUUUUUAAAAAAAUCAAAUCUUUGUAAUAUGUAUAUAAGGAGUUUAAGAAAUGUAUAAAUAUUUACAAUUUAAAUGGUGCUUACAUUUUAUACUCAAAAUAUUGUGUAUUUUACUGUUUUGAGGAAGAGCUAUAAGCCUAUCGUACUCAGCCCUGCAUCAGGGUCAGCGUCCCACUUUGGUUAAACUUUUGUGUGCAAGUUGUUAUCUCCAAUACUACUUAAGGGAAUAUGUAAUUGUUGAAACUUCACACACGGUUUUGAGAGCUUAAUAGAGGGUCACUUUCCAAGCCCCAUAACUGUUACAUGGAUUUGACAGAAUUAUACCCCUUGUUGAACUUGGAAAAUUCAACAUUAUCCAGUUUCUUGUUUUACUAUCAAGCACUGGGAAUAGUUGAAUACACUGUCCUACUGAUAGCUCUUGUUAAUACUAUAUAUCUACCAAAGUUUAUUUAAAAGAGGAGACACCAUUUUUGAAUAUUUUGACAAUCUUAGAUGAAAUUUAAAAAAAAAUUAAGUGCCUUAAACUAAUUUAAAUCAGUUUAUUUCCACACAUGGCAAUACUUUUACAAAUACAAUUUACAAAAACACUUCUUAAUUUAUUAUAAUGUUUGGUGCUUGACUUAAAUAAAAGGCCCAUUAAGCCUAAGAAUUCUAUGACUUUUAUUUCUCAAAUUAUUUGGGUCCUGUUACAGUUUCCAAAAAUUUCCAAAAAGAUCAUUUUCCACAUAGCUUAGCCAUAAUUUAUAUCUUUUUUAUAGUAGCACUUAGUACAGUUAUAGUGAUUUAGUAUUUUGUAUGGAGGUCAAAAUACCACUUUGUUUAUAUUUUGCUACUUUUAUGACAAAUUUUACAUUCAGCGCUAUUUUAUUCUCUUGUUCUAAAUCAAUUAUUAUGGUACCAGUACAUCAAUAAAAAACAUAUUUUACACUUUUCUAAAGAAUGAUAAAAUAUUCAAUUCUGAGGCAUAAUGUGCCUUUAAUGACCAAUUUCAUGAUCUGAAUAUAGAUGUGCUUUAAGUUGCUACAGUGUAGCUCAAUGUGGAUAUUAUUUAUGAUACUCAUUAUUAUAGCUCAUCUUUGAGCAUUUAUAAUGCUCAAUAGAGCAUACACAAUGCUCAGUAGAGUAUUCACAAUGCUCAAAGACAAAUCAUUGUGGUAGUAAGUAAUGCAUUUUAUUAUCCCCCGCCGAAAAGGCGGCGGGGGAUAUAGUAAUAGUCUCCGUCCGUCCGAGCAUAUCUCUCAAAGUAUUUGAGUUAUCAACUUGAAACUUCAAAGGUGGAUAUACCUCAUUGAGGAGGAGUGCAGUGCACAAGAAUGAUAACUCUACCCUGCAUAAUUUUUUGAGUUAUUACCCUUUGUUAUUUUUCAAAAUUGAUUUUGUCCAGAGCAUAACUCAAAAGCCUAUGAGAUAUCAACAUGAAACUUCAUAGGUGCAUAGAUCUCACCCAGGAGGUGUGCAGUGCACAAGAAUGAUAACUCUACCUUUCAUAAUUUUUGAGUUAUUGCCCUUUGUUAUUUUUCUUACCAUUUUUUUCACCCAAGUGGAGCAUAACUUAAAAGUGUUUGAGAUGUCAACAUGAAAUGUCAUAAUUGUUAAGUUAUUGCCCUUUGUUAUUUUUCAAUAUUAAUUUUUGUCCAGAGCAUAACUCAAAAGGCCUUCGAGAUAUCAUUAUGAAACUUCAUAGGUGCAUAGAUCUAACUCAGGAGGUGUGCAGUGCACAAGAAUUUAUAAUUUUUGAGUUAUUGCCCUUUGUUAUUUUUCAUACUUAAUUUUUCAAUUCAAUUUUUUUUUCUCAAAAAGUAUUUGAGGUAUCAACUUGAAACUUCAUAGGUGGAUAGAUUUUACUGAGGAGGGGUGCAGCACACAAGAAUGAUAACCUACCCUGCAUUAUUUUCCAGUUAUUGCCCUUUGUUAUUUUCGGCCAUCAGUUUUCACAUAGGUUUCAAAUCUGUUAUCACCAUAGCCAUCAGUUUUCAUUACCAAAAGACCUCUUAAAAUUGAAUUACUCUGCUCUACUACAUAUACAUUCUUCCAAUGAGCAAACACAUUAGGCGGGGAAUGGCCAUGUUGACAUGGCUCUUGUUUGCAAUUGUUAUAAUCUUAACACAAUCAUGCAGUUAUUUGCUGGUUUUAUUCCUUAGUUGUAUAUACAUGUACAUUUAUAUAUAUUGUUGAAUCUCAAAAAUUUGCAUAUUGUAAUAUUUAUAAUAUAAAAUGACCAUUAUUUUUUUUACCCAAAUUUUUAUCUAGAAGAGACUUUUCUUUGGAGAAUCAAAAUAUGACCUUGACCUCUUCAUGACCUUGACCAUCAUGUCAGGUUUUCAUCUUUCGGAAACUUUACCAUAUUAUUGUUAGUUAUUAAUAGAUAUGAGAUAGGGGCAUUAAUUUUGUGUUGAAUUAACACAUCUUGUUUAAAAUAUUAAAAUAGUUUUGUGGGCCAUCUGACAACUUGAAUGUUAUCUUUUUAAAAUCUGAUUAUUGAUUAUGUAUAGAUUUAAAAAAAAAAAAAGUAAGUUCUAAGAAAUAGCAGGACACUCAUUGUCAUAAUGAUGAUAAUGUAUGUGGUGUGUCAAUAUUAAUUUUGACUUGUAUUCUAUAAACAUUUAUUUUUAUAUAAAAAAUGUGCCAAUUUUACCUUGUAAUGAUUACUGGUAGUAUACAUAUGUACAUGUUAAUGUAUAUUGCCAAUAAAUUAGCAAAUCUUGUUAACCUAGCCUUUUGGGUUAAUUAAUUAUGUAACAUAUUUUAAUAACAAGAUAAUUUAUACUAUUGUAAAAAAAUAAUUGUCUUUCAUGUUUUCUAAUUUUUUUUGGAAGAAGAAUAAUCACUUUGUAUAUUUUUUACCCUUUAAAUCUUUAAAA